GGCAGACAAGUGUGCGAAGCCUGGGACACAUGCUUUCCUCUGUUCCUCCGGCUAGCAGUGUUCCCAGGAUGAGCUGUUACCUGGAUUCAGCUCCCAGUGGCCCCGUCCCGUUCACCCUGGCUCACCCUGGAACGAUGAGGCAGGGGCCCCCCAGUGUCUUCGAGGAUCCUCGGAUGGCUUGUGGCUUUCAGCCCAACUGUUAUCAGCAGAGAGCCGGCUACUCGCUCUGGGAUGGGAUGGCCACACAGGAAGUCCCCACCGGACUGGAACAUUGCGGAUCAGAUAUGGAAUGUGCGGAUGUACCCCUGUUGACUCCCAGCAGCAAAGAGAUGAUGUCUCAGGCAUUGAAAGCCACUUUCAGCGGGUUCAGCAAGGAGCAGCAGCGGCUGGGGAUCCCCAAAGAUCCCCGGCAGUGGACGGAGACUCACGUGCGGGACUGGGUGAUGUGGGCCGUGAGCGAGUUCAGCCUCAAGGGUGUGGAUUUCCAGAAGUUCUGCAUGAACGGUGCUGCCCUGUGCGCCCUGGGCAAGGACCGUUUCCUGGAGCUGGCCCCGGACUUCGUGGGAGACAUCCUUUGGGAACACCUGGAGAUCCUGCAAAAAGAGGACGUGAAGCCAUACCAAGUGAACGGAGUCAACCCUGCAUAUUCAGAAUCACGCUAUACCUCUGAUUACUUCAUUAGCUAUGGGAUCGAGCACGCCCAGUGCGUGCCUCCGUCGGAGUUCUCCGAGCCCAGCUUCAUCACAGAGUCCUACCAGACUCUGCAUCCCAUCAGCUCAGAGGAGCUCCUCUCCCUCAAGUACGAGAGUGACUACCCAUCACCCGUUAUCCUGCGUGAACCCCUUCAGGCAGACAACUUGCAGACUGACUACUUCACCAUCAAGCAGGAAGUUGUCACGCCAGACAACAUGUGCAUGGGGAGGACGAGUCGUGGUAAACUCGGUGGGCAGGACUCCUUUGAGAGCGUGGAGAGCUACGACAGCUGCGAUCGGCUCACCCAGUCCUGGAGCAGUCAGUCAUCUUUCAACAGCCUCCAGCGGGUCCCCUCGUAUGACAGCUUCGAUUCCGAGGACUACCCAGCCUCCCUGCCCAGCCACAAGCCCAAGGGCACCUUCAAGGACUAUGUGCGUGACCGGGCCGACCUCAACAAGGACAAGCCGGUCAUUCCGGCCGCCGCCCUGGCCGGCUACACAGGCAGCGGACCAAUCCAGCUGUGGCAGUUCCUCCUGGAGUUACUCACUGAUAAAUCCUGCCAGUCCUUUAUCAGCUGGACAGGAGAUGGCUGGGAAUUCAAACUCUCCGACCCAGAUGAGGUGGCCAGGAGGUGGGGGAAGAGGAAAAACAAGCCCAAGAUGAAUUACGAGAAGCUGAGCCGGGGCCUGCGCUACUAUUACGACAAAAACAUCAUCCACAAGACGGCGGGCAAGCGCUACGUGUACCGCUUCGUGUGCGACCUGCAGAGCCUGCUGGGAUACACUCCCGAGGAGCUCCACGCCAUGCUGGACGUAAAACCCGACGCAGACGAGUGAAGCGGCGGGGACAGCGGGGAGGAGGAGACACCGCGGGGGCGGGGGGCAUGGCCCCCGGCAGCUGCAUCAGUCGGACACGUUUGAGUUUUUGAAAUAUUUCGUUCUAUUUUUGAUUUUCCGGAAGUGAACAAACAAACAAACAAACCAAACUCGGGAUUUCCAUUCGGGGUGGGGCAGGCCACUCCGGCGGGGUUGGCAGCAGAAACCGGGGACUUUGGCAGGGAGAGGAGGCCUGAGCAUGUCGUCACGGGGGAGGGAAGGGCUCCUUGGGAGCCAGGGGAAUCUGGCUCCAUGGGGAAGAUGCUCAAAUAGCCAUCAUGUACAGAAGCCGUUGGUUAAGUAAAUGCCGCUUUGGGUCUGGCCUUAAUAGCAUAAGCAACUGACAGUUUGGGAAGUGAAGAAUCUGACAGGAGGGAAGUUGGUUUGGACGGAAGGGAGGGCCAAGGCCCAGAGAGGGAGGUGCUUUCAGGAGGCGGGGAGGGGAGGAGGAGUUCCCGCUUCAGCAAUGACCCCCAGGACACAGAGAACUCUGAACUUUGUCCCUCAUUUCCCUCCCAUCUCCUUUUGGAGUACAGAAAGACUUCACUUGAUAGAGAACAAAACCAUUUUG